UGUCAGUUCAGACGUCCACAUUCAUGUGAAAAAAGUUGAGAGAAAUAAAAAGAAAAGUGAAAAACAUCGUAACAUAAAUUAGUAAUUAUAUAAAAGAGAGAAUAAUCAUAUCUUUUAAUAUUACACACUAUGACUUUUUCUAAAGUAACACACGUUCUUUUUGACUUGGAUGGUCUUUUAAUUGACUCAGAAAAUUUCUAUACACAAGCGUUUACAAAUGUAUGUGGAAAGUAUGGCAAAGCAUUCACUUGGGAAUUGAAGAAGAGCUUAUUGGGUUUCCAAGGACACGAAUGUGCUGAAAAAAUUAUAAAGGAAUUAGAUUUGCCAGUGACUAAAGAAGACUUUAUGAAACAAUGUCAGGAAGAAUAUGAAGUUCUUUUUCCAAAUGUUCAAUUAAUGCCAGGUGCAAAGAAGCUAGUAGAACACUUGAAAAGUAAAGGGGUUCCCAUUGCUUUAGCUACUAGCUCCAGUGAGGACAGUGUGAAUAUGAAAAUGCAAAACCAUACAGCUUUCUUAGAAAACUUUCAUCACCUUACAAUGGGCUCUUCUGACCCAGAUGUGAAGAAAGGGAAGCCAGACCCUUCAAUAUUUUUGGUCUGUGCUUCGAGAUUUCCAGAGAAACCUAAGCCUGAAGAGUGUUUGGUGUUUGAAGAUGCUGUCAAUGGAGUUAAGGCGGCAUGUGCUGCAAACAUGCUGGUAGUUGUUGUACCAGACCCUCGUAUUGAGAAGGAGCUGCUAAAAGAUGCAACUUUAGUACUGAGGUCUUUAGAGGAAUUCCAGCCUGAGUUGUUUGGUUUACCUCCAUAUGAGUAAUUACUGAAUUGUAUUCAUUACUUAGUAGUUAGAAGCUAUAGAAUCAGUUCAUUAGAAAUUGAUGUUUCUAUGAUGUAUUAUUGUAGUGGCAAUAUUGUGAAUAGAGAUGUUUAUUCAUAUAAUUGUGUUGAAAUUGGAAUCUUUUAAAUAUUUAUAGACAGUUUCACAACUUUUGUAUAUGUUCUAUGUAGCUUACAUGUUAAAAAUUACAAUGCUAUAAAAUGUAUGUCAAAGAUGGUCAUCUGCAAGGUGUGAAACUUAUGGUAGUUUUAAUUGUUUGUAGGUUGUAGAAUUUGUCCGUUAACUUAAAAAGAUAUCAUUGUAUGUUUUAAUUUCACAUGAGAAAGUACUUAUUAGAUAGAUGGUUAGGGAGGAAUAUUUAGCCCUCAUCCCUAUCUUAGACCUAAGUAUAAAUUAUGCAUUUAAGUGAGAAACUAUGUUCUAGUCAAUAAAAACUUAUUAUAGAGUACAACUCUGCCCAAUGCUUCAAACCUCAGUACUAAAAUAUAAUUAUAUAGAUAAUAUCUAAGAAAUAUAUUGCUUAUAUUGUCCAGAUUAUACAUUUUAUAUUACUGGUGUAAUUUUUUUUUUUU